CCAACAUUGUUUGAUGACGAGAAAACAUUUCAUGUUUUCAUUUUGCUUCUUUUUAAUGGACUAAUUUAAUUAAAAUGUAAAUGAAUUCUGUGCGUGGCAUUUCGAUGUGAUAUUUGGGUGACUAGUUACGACGGUAUUUACCUAAACAUGCUCAACCUAGAGAAAACUUGUCGAACGUGCAUGAAAAGCUGUGAAAUAUUAAUAGACCUCAAUGAGCCUUUGAAGUCGGAAAAUGAGAAAUGUCCUUCGCUGUCCGAGAUUUUGGAAGUCUGUACGGCUACGCAGGUAUCUAAAGAGGACGGGUUUCCGCAAAAAUUAUGCGAGGAAUGUGUCAAAGCACUUCAGUUUACCUACGCCUUUCGAAUGCAAGUGCUUAAUACCUAUGAAGAGUUCAGGAAAAUAAUUGAAGCACAAGCAAAUGUAAAAAAUGAGGGAAUUGAGGUAGAACUCAAGACCGAAAGCCAAUUCGAUUAUGAUUUUAGUUACGACGAUUUUCUACUCGACGACUUUCCCAAACAUGAGACUGAAGACAAAACUUACGAGUGUAGCAUAUGCAACAAGCAGUAUACUAAUGAAAAAAGGUUUAUUAACCAUUUAAAAAUACAUAGAGAACCCGAAUCUCCUUGUCCUGUAUGUACGAAAACUUUUCAGAAGCAAUCUUCCCUGAACCGCCAUUUAGCAAAACACUGCAAGUGUAAUAUAUGCCUUAAUUACUUUGAAACCGAAAAGUUACUAUUAGAACAUAUGACCGCUCAUGUAGACGUUGAGAUAAAGACUGAACAAGAAGAUCUGUACAAAUGUUCCGAAUGUGAUGUAGCAUAUACUAAACAGAGAUCAUUAGCUAUGCAUAUGAAAAAACAUAAAGGCAAGGGGAAAAAGGAGAAAAGUUUCUACUGUGAUGUUUGCGGAAAGCAAUUUGGCUUGAAGACAUUGCUUCGGAGACACAUGAAGUUGCAUAGCGAAGAACGGCCAUAUCAGUGCCUGAAGUGUAAUAAGAGUUACUCGAGGCAUGACCAGUAUACUGAGCAUAUGAAUAGACAUAACGGAAUCAAACCUAAUGUGUGUCCGCAUUGUAGUAAAGCAUUCAGCCAACUCUGCAGCCUUAAAGACCACAUCCGCACACACACCGGUGAGACUCCAUAUCUCUGCUCUGAGUGUGGCAAGGGCUUCAAUAACAGCUCUAAUCUGCGGCAACACAUGAUCAGGCACACCGGGCUUAAGCCUUUCGCGUGUAACUUGUGCCCAAAGAGAUUUUCAACUAAAGGUCAAAUGACGUGUCACAUCGGCACGCACACCGGGGUCCAUCCAUACAAAUGCGACGAGUGCGGCGCCGCCUUCACCAAACCCACCUCGUUGAAGAAACACAAGCUGAUUCAUCUGGGCAUCAAACCCUUCGCUUGCGAUACCUGCAGCAUGCGAUUCUCGUGCAAAGACCACCUCAAACGCCACUACCGCAUUCACACUGGCGAGAAACCUUACAAGUGCAAGUACUGCGACCGAGCCUUCACGCAGAGCAACGAUUUGGCCAAGCACACGCGUAUGCACGUCGGACAGAAUAUUUACCAAUGCACCCAAUGCGACAUGCGCUUCCGUCUCCUCAGCGAGUUGAAACAGCAUUACCCCUCACACUACAUCCCCAACGGGGAGCCCCUCCCCCUCCCCCUACCCAAGGAGUCCUUGGACGUGCUCAAACCGUGUGAAGAAAACAAGGAAGGCACUAUCACUAUCACCUUCAGCAGCAACGGGAUGGACAAGGAUGGGUUGCAUGGGAACAUUACUAUUGACAUUACACCGCAAAAUUAGAGUAAAAAUUUAACAAAUGUGGCGUUC